GCCGCCGCGGUGCAUUGUGGGACACAAACAAAGUGCCCGGCCGGGCGGCGCGGAGUGCGGGAGCUCGCGGCGCCGGGAUCCCCCCCCCCUUUCCUCCUCCCGCCCCUCCCCCGCCCCCGCCGGCGCGUGCACGCCGACGCCGACGCCCCCCCCACACACGCACCGCGCGCGCGCGCGGGGGGGCUCGCGCCGCGCCCCCCCCACCUCCGCCGCCAGCCCCGUGUCGUGUCCCCCCCCCUCUCCUCCUCCCCCCGCCGCUCCGUCCGCGCCGCCCGAGGGGGAGGCGGCCUCCUCCUCCGCCUCCUCCUCCCGGCCCGCCGUCAUGGCCCAGCGCGGCCCGAGAUAGGGGGGCUCGGCCUCCCCGCGCGCCGGGCCCAGCCGGCCCCACCGACCGCAGGAUACCUGUGAUCUCUUGCAUGUGGAAAGAACGCUGGCAGAAAGGUGAAAAGAUGGGUGUAAAAACAUUUACUCAUAAUUCCCCUGCUCAUAGCCAGGAGAUGCUCGGAAAGCUAAACAUGCUUCGCAACGAUGGACAUUUCUGUGACAUCACCAUUCGGGUCCAGGACAAAAUCUUCAGGGCGCACAAGGUGGUUUUGGCAGCCUGCAGUGACUUCUUCCGUUCCAAACUCGUUGGCCAAGCAGAAGAUGAGAGCAAGAGCGUGUUAGACUUGCACCAUGUGACAGUGACUGGCUUUAUACCUCUUCUGGAAUAUGCCUACACAGCAACACUAUCUAUUAAUACAGAAAAUAUUAUCGAUGUGUUGGCUGCAGCCAGCUAUAUGCAAAUGUUCAGUGUUGCUAGCACAUGCUCAGAAUUCAUGAAGUCGAGCAUUUUGUGGAAUACGCCCAACAGCCAGCAAGAGAAGGUGCUAGAUGCAGGACAGGAGAACAGUGCAAACUGCAAUUUUACUUCUCGAGACGGCAGCCUUUCUCCGGUUUCUUCUGAAUGCAGCGUGGUGGAAAGAACCAUUCCUGUUUGCCGAGAGUCACGAAGAAAGCGCAAAAGCUACAUAGUUAUGUCUCCUGAGAGCCCUCUUAAGUGUAACACACAAACGAGUUCCCCCCAAGUGCUGAAUCCUUCGACUUCUUACCCAGAGUCCAGAAAUCAGCCUGUAGACUCCUCCUUAGCUUUCCCCUGGACUUUUCCUUUCGGAAUUGAUCGAAGGCUUCAGUCUGAGAAGGUGAAGCAGGUGGAGAAUUCUAGGACUUUGGAAAUGCCUGGCCCCUCCGAGUCGAACAGAAGAAUCACUGAUUAUGUGACUUGCGAGAGCACAAAAGCCAGUUCACCCCUUGUGAUUGAAGAAGACGUGCGUGUCAAAGUGGAAAGGCUAAGUGAUGAGGAAGUUCAUGAGGAAGUAUCGCAGCCUGUUAGCGCGUCCCAGAGUUCUCUGAGCGAUCAACAGACGGUCCCCGGCAGCGAGCAAGUUCAGGAAGAUCUCCUGAUCAGCCCACAAUCUUCCUCUAUCGGCUCAAUAGAUGAGGGGGUUACGGAGGGACUGCCCACACUCCAGAGUACCUCCGGCACUAACGCUCAUGCAGAUGACGAUGAUCGUUUGGAGAACGUUCAGUAUCCCUACCAACUCUACAUUGCUCCUUCUACCAGCAGCACAGAGAGACCCAGCCCAAAUGGCCCAGAUAGACCUUUUCAGUGUCCAACCUGCGGGGUCCGCUUCACUCGCAUUCAGAACUUAAAACAACACAUGCUUAUCCACUCAGGCAUUAAACCAUUUCAGUGUGACCGCUGUGGGAAAAAGUUCACCCGAGCUUACUCGCUAAAGAUGCAUCGCCUGAAGCACGAAGGUAAACGCUGUUUCCGGUGCCAGAUAUGUAGUGCCACUUUCACUUCCUUCGGGGAAUAUAAACACCACAUGCGGGUUUCCCGGCAUAUUAUCCGCAAGCCUCGGAUUUACGAGUGCAAAACAUGUGGCGCCAUGUUCACCAACUCUGGAAAUUUAAUCGUUCACCUGAGGAGCUUGAACCAUGAAGCGUCAGAGCUAGCAAACUACUUCCAGAGCAGUGACUUCCUAGUACCGGACUACUUAAACCAGGAACAAGAAGAGACCCUCGGGCAGUAUGAGCUAGGGGAGCAUGGCUUUGAAAGCAACUCUUCUGUCCAAAUGCCUGUCAUUUCACAGGUCUCGUCGACUCAGAAUUGUGAAAGCACUUUCCCCUUGGGGUCUCUGGGUGGGUUGGCAGAGAAGGAAGAGGAUGUGCCCGAGCAGCCAAAGACUAACGCCACUGCUGAGGCAACCGCAGGUGACCCUCCGAAACCGGAGCUGUCAUCUAUUACUAUUGAAUAAUUCAUGGUUUGUUUUCAUUUUUGUUCUUUGGAAAGUGCCUGUGUUUGGUCCUGUACAUUUUAAUUUAAUUUUUUUAACAAAAGUGGGGAGAUUUUCCCUUUUUACUUUGUAAGCUACGCUUUAAACAGAAAACUGCAACAGAUGUUACAUUAUUUUUCAUGACUGAAUGAUCACUUCUGUGAAAAUAUUUAAGACUGAAUGCACAAAAAGAUCUUGUCAGAACAUCAUGGAAGCUGUGAUACACUUCUAAAGAAGAACCAACCGAUUCAGAUCACUUUAACUAUUUCUUCUUCCACAGUUAGAACAGCUCAUUAAGUUUCUCUUGCUUCUGCAGACCCUCUGGUUAAGGGAAAGAAAUCAGAGGAAACCUUUUCAAAAUGACAAACAAAAGGAUGCAUCGGAAACUAUUAUUGAACAGUUUUGACUAGUUUUGAGUGGAUUGCUUUAAUCUUCUGCUUAUAAAAUGACACUUCCUAUCUCUGUGCCUGCUGAUUUUCAAAGCGCUUACUGUAACCCUUUUCUUGGAAAUGGUAAGCAUUUUUGAAAGUAACAGUCGCACACUUUUUAAAACACGUUGUCCCUUUUCAUCUCAGAUGAAUCAGUUUUGGCAUACCAAGUGAUGUCAUGCCAGGUAUUCCUACUUCUUAUAUUCCAGUCCUUUUAGAAACUGUUUGAUCAAAUAGCCUGUCCGGAUUUGCCUAUUUAAGGUUAGGCAUGGAAAUAAUAUGGUCACGAAAAGUCUGAUGGUGCAUAAUGAGCUGAGGAGGAAAGAAAAGUAUAUAUACUUUGCAUAUCCAUGCAAGCCUGACAAAUAUCUCACGACUGUAUCUUUCUGUAAAUGGAAACCACAUAUGAAAAUGAAGGUUUUCUCGAACUGAAAUUCUUAAACCUUGGCCAGAUUGUUCGCAGUUCUGGUCACUUCCCCUUAUCAUGUAUACUGUAUUUUUACUAAUCUCCAAAAGCUAGCUAGAGGGAGUUUACAGAUGGGAAAAAAAUGAGCUCUUUUGUGUAUUAUUGCACACUUUUUUGUUUAUACAUAUGCAUGUAUAGUUUCUGAGAUUUUUAUUAGUCUGUUUUGGACAAAACACGCAAUUUAUUCUCUUUAGAGGCCAACUUUCUAACCCAACAGGGGGUUGUUUACAAAAAGCCUAUAUAGCAAUGAUAAAUUGUUCCUGUUUCAAAACAUUUUAAAUCCUUGCCAGCUCAGUUUAUUAAAGGCCAUUACUCUGGCUACAUACACAGCUCAAGUAAGCAAUAAAUUGAAAGAUUUGCAAUUUCAUUUUUCCAUAUUUAGAAAAAGCUGCAAAUUUAGGGUGUGGGAUUUUCAGAGCAGUGAUUCUUGUUUUGUCGAAGCUGUUUGGGCUAUAGUACUGCUUUGAAAAUAAAGUUAGGAGUUACACGAGGAGGUUUGUAGGGUUUUAUUGCUGAUCGAGUUAACUCAGUGUUUGAUGCCAAAUGGCUAUCGCCUACAUACGACACACUGAGAGAGUAGGUUUUACUUGAUCUUAGUAUUCCAAAGGCAUGAUAUAAUCCCUUAGUUUAGAAUCUGCUUUUUGAAUUGUUGUUUUCUGUCCAGAUUUGUUUUACACAAACGUGAGGAGGAAAUGAAACCAAUAGAGAAGGGAUUCUUCUGAAGAAACAGAAGACACAAAAGUCAAAUUAUAUUGCAAGAUCAAUUUGUAUUCGGUUAGCUGAGGCAGCUCUGAUACUCUGUAGAUCUGAGGCGUUUCUACUCAUAGCAGACUUUUGUAAGGAAGAAAGCUUAUUGCUCUUUGGAAAGAGCUUAAAGGGUUUCAGUGGCUUUUAAGUAUUUAACAGUUUUUCUCCACUGUGUUUUAGGUAAAAAACCCACACAUUUUAGUUAAAUAGAAUGAAAACAGUUGGGAUUUCAGUCCUUUGCAAGUUACUGGAGUGAAGUUUCUCUGCCAGAUCCGAAACGUUUUUUAGAAACAUGCUGCAAAGAAGUUCUCUGCUACAAUUCAGUCUUGUAUGUCUGCGCUUGGAAGUCUUCUUAAAAGGGCUUGGAGGAGAAAUUCCUUUUUGGGGAUGUUGCACUGUGAAUUAGUCCAGUGUCUGUUGAUGGGCAGAAUUGAAAGACCAGUUCUCUUCCACUUCUGAUUUCUAUAACUGAGAAGCCAGUGAGACAAGCAAAUGCCUUUUGCUGAGUUUUAUCCUGAAUUAUAGAGCUAUGACACUGAACUCAAAUAUAUGGUUUUCUUUUUCGAGCCAAGUGCUAUACGUGUUUCCAGGUAUAUUAGAAUCCUUUCUGAAUCUUGUAGUAAAAAGUACUUACACAAAAGACACAGUCCCAGAAUGUAUAGAUAUAAUAGUCAAAGGUCAGAUAUAGAUAGACGUAGUAUUUUGUUAGAAUCUGGUAAUUUUCUCCCAUUAGAUAUUUUGCUAAACGGUUUACUUGUCAUGAGAUACACAAGUACAGAAUAAACGUAUCUGGAUAUUGGGUUUUUAGAAGACUUUAAAAUUUGUGUCAGAAGGUAGACUACUUUCUGAAUACCAAAGAGAAAAUAAAAACUAGUUACAAGGACCUUGUAGCUGUAAUCUGUUCUUCCUUGAAAAGAAAUGAAUAUCAUUAACUGUUAACACCUUGGUACCAGGCGAGUCAUGAGUUUCAUUGUUCAUUGCAAUGUGUUACACAUUAUCUUUUCAACCCCUUAAUCUCUGUGUAACAUCUUAAUUCUUCUCACUUUUCAAUCUGGUUCAACUGCAGGAACAAUAGAGUUCUUACUCACAGGAUAUAUAUAUUUUUUUGGUUUUAGGGUUGAGAUUUUUUUGGUAAUUUUCCUGUUUGUAAUCUUGUUUGUUUCUUGUUAAUGUGUCUUUUCUCCAUAGAAGUGAAUGCAAAUUAAAUUCAAGUGUCAUUUUGUUUCUCCUCCCAAACUUUUCAGAAGUAUUCGGUGCUUUGGAAUGCUAAUGUUCUUCACAGGAGAGAUGUAAAAUAUUAGAACAUCUUAAAACAAGCUCUGUUGCUAGUAUUUGGAUUCCAAACUGAAUGAGAUAGAUAUCUAACUGAGCUAAAUGAAACUUGCCUUAAAUUAUGCUUGGGAUUAAACCUAAAGUAUAAUUUCUCUCAACAGAUUAUUAAAGGAUUUUGAUCCCUGCAGCGCAUUUUUCUUUUCCCCAAAAAGGUUUUUUGGUAUACAUUUACAUUUCCACUUGACGAGGAUCACAGGUUCACAGAAAUAGUUGAGGCUGGAAGGGAAUUCUGGAGAUCGUCUAAAUCCAAUCCCCCUGCUCAGAGCAGGGUCAACUAGAGCAGGUUGCUCAGGGCAUUGUCCGGUUGGGUUUUGGAUAUCUCCAAAGAUGGAGACUCCACAACCUCUCUGGGCAACCUGUUCCAGUGUUUGACCACCCUUUCUAUAAAAAAAAAAUUGUUCUUAGGUUUAAAUGCGUUUCUUGUGUUUCAGUUUGUGCCCAUUGAGACUCUGUCGUCUUUGCACUCUCCCAUCAGGUAUUUAUACACAUUGAUAAGAUCCCCCCUGAGCCUUCCCUUCUCCAGGCUAAACAAUCCCAGCUCUCUCAGCCUCUUUCCCCAUGACAGACGCUCAAUCCCUUAAUCAUCUGCAUGGCCCUUCUAAGUUGUUUAGAAUUUCUUCCAAAUAGCCACGUGUAGGACCCAUUGCAGCAGUUCCCGCAGCGUUGAGUAGUCUCCAGUUCAUUCACAAAGUGGUUUGAGUGUAUUUUCCUUUUGCAUAUCCUUCUCCCGUGUGGCACUGUUCUUUGCACUUGGUGGAAAAUCCUUUCCUCCCCCCUUUAUUUUGCAAGUAGAGUGCCUUCACUGCCACAGAACUAGCGAGGUUCUGCCCUGUGCUGGGGACCUGGGUCCUCGGAGCCUGCGCUUGGUCUGUACCCGUCGCGUAUUGUGUAGAGCAGUAUCUCUGGCGGGAGCAGUGGGAAUGCAGGGGAAAGGUUUUUCUCUGGCUGUGCGUAGGAUAGCGUUUUGGGAAAAGGGGACAAAGUGAAAAGCCUCCUGGUUCUCCACAAAGAGUGGAAGAAAAAGAAGUGAUGUCUUUAGCUGUGUGGGGGAUUUGGCCAAGUUGUAAGGGUUCAUUUUGUUGUGUGUUUUGAUGCAGACACUUAGCUCAGCUCCCCUUAAAAUCCAUUGGGAUGCUUUCACAGUCAGCAAAUUAAGCUCCCCAAAAGAACUACGCGUCAGUUCUCGUACACAACGUUAACAAAGGUGGUGUUCCUGGUGGUUUGUCUGUCUUACUACAGUUUGAGUUCAGUUGUCAGGCUCGCAGAUACUGUGGUCAAGUCUCUCAUACUGAGAGAUUAGUAGACUAGGUUUUUGAAAAUGGUUCUGGGUUCACGUGUAUCUUGAGUCUAAAAGGUGUGAAUUUAAACUUUUUUAAAAAGUAAUAGCUGCCAAUGCAGUAAAAUAUAUUUUAUAAAACAAUGAUCCCUAUAUGUCCCUUACGGGAUGGAAUUUUAUUGUUUUUAAGCUAUGGUUUAAAGUUUUUAUAUGAGGGCUUCGGUCGCUUCUUGGUUGCUGGCAUUCCCCUCCAGCCCCAGGAUGUAAGAGCACUGAGACUAUUGCCGGUCUCUCUCUAAGACGAACCAUGAAGCAUUUUAUAUGCAAACAGAAGGGGAGCUUUGUGCACCCUGCGGGGAUGGAGCAAAUGCAGAGGUAGGAGCACCUGUUGUUCCUAGAUCCCUUGCGACUUCCACACCAUCAGAAUAUGGAAAAUAGCUAAUGUUCAUUCAGAUUGAUUAAGUUCGAGUUUUGCUUACAAGGUGAAACCCAGUUUUGGAGGGUUCUCAUCUCCAGUUUUGGACAUAAUAAAUUCCAUAGCAUUGUGAUGACAGAUAAGAGGGUUCAAGGCCAGACUGUGCCUCAGCCACAUCAGAGGUCCCUAGUACCUAGAGUUGGUUCAAAGUAUUUGAGGAAAUGUACCAUAAAAGAAAUGUGAAUUUUUUUAAUGCAGCAGUACUUAUUGCUCUGGGUUUUUGUUAACUCAAUGUGUGCUAUCGCAGUAAUUCAGUGUCCCACAGGUCUCACCUGCAAAUCUGGUUGCACUAAACAAAGAGCUGAAUCAGUUUCUGGUGCUGCCAGCCUGUGUGGCAACUGUACCUACAGUCUUCCCGAGGGUUGCUGAAGUCCCCAGAGGAGUGAUUUUGUUUAACCAUUCGUUUAGCUGAUGCAUGCUUUUGAUAUUCUGACUUAUAGACCUGGCUACACAAAGUUCUUGGACAGCUUCCUUGCCCUGUUCCUGCAGUGCCUUCACUCUAGGCACUGCCCUAUGGUGAAACCCCGAAGAGGGAAAGAGUAAAGCUGGAGCAAAAAUGUGAAUUAAAUUAUUGUUGGGCUUCUUUGUGCAUUUUAGUAACAGUGAAACCCCCUUAACUGUGCCAGUCUCCGGUCACCAGCCGUAUAUCCAGUCGUCAUCUCAUCCACAGUACAGCUUCUCUUGUUGAUGCUGGCCACAGCUAGAUUACUUGGCAUGUUUAUUGACUUAACAGAAUUGUUUUUUGGUUUGGGUUUUGUUUUUUAAUGUAUACGAUGUUUAAAUACACUUCACAUUUUAUAUAAUACUAUCUGGCUAUUAGUAUUUUUCAGGAACCAUAGUUCUUGGUGGCUAUAUAUAUUUUUGUGACUUUUUUUGUAAACUAAGUGCCGUUUCAACGUUACAAUCAUUUUUAGAGUUAUUGUAAUCAAUGUGAAUAUCAUGUUUUUUCAAAUCUGUUCUGAGCCUGUAGUGUUUGCUUUGUGAUCAUAUGUGUAAUGUAUAUAUUCUGUAUAGUUACAUUGUAUUGAAAUACUAGCUUGUUUGAUAUAAGAAAAGUAUGUAUUGGGUACCUUUUUGCUAGCCUGGUUGUUUAAUCUUUAAAAAAAAAUGUUCUAAAAUACAAAAAAAAAAAAUCUCCAAACUGGUCCCGUUAUAGGUCAAAAUUAAGGGGGGAGAAAAACUAGUUUUGAGUGUCUUUGGAUAGAAACAUGAAGCUAAGAUUUUUCAUUAAAAUAUUAAUGUUUUAUGGAGUA